UCCAGCUUAUUGCAAAGAAUUCGCCUUUAGAAAAAACAAGUCAUUAACUAACGAGUUAUUGGGCGCCUAUUGUUCUCGGCAGGUAAUCAGGUCGAGCAAUGCACCGCUAAGUCGAAUAAAAUUCCAAGCGCAGUGGCCUGUAUCUGACUGUCAUAAUAUGUUCCUACCAACUAAUGCUAACAACAGCUAUUUAGUUCAAAUAUUGCGCGAAUUUAUGUCUUUCUCCGGUAUGUAUCAGUGUAACAAUAUUUUUAAUGCUAAUAAACGUAUACUAGAUUUAAUUCUGUGCAGUGAACGUUGCAUAGUAUCAUCCAGUGAUUUUCCCUUAACAAGUGAAGACCCUCACCACAAAGCUCUUCAAUUCGAGUUACGGCUGACAUACAUGCACACACUGAAACCAGCCCCUUGUAAGGUAUACUGUUUUUAUAAUGCAAACUACCAGGAAAUAAAUAAUGAGCUUUGUGCUAUAGAUUGGUGUAAUAUUUUUAGUCCUCUGAGUUUAGAAGAGUGUAUUCUUGAAUUUUAUAAAAUUUUAAAUAAUUUAAUAAAUAAAUUUGUUCCACAACGUCCACUACGUUCAUCGCAUCAUAAGCCUCCGUGGUAUACUAAACCUCUCAGACGAUUGCUAAAUACUAAGCAAAAGUAUCAUAAACUGUGGAAAACGUAUAAAAAUCCAUUAGAUUUUGAAUGCUUUAAGUCACUGCGUAAAAGAGCAAUACAACUAGAAAAAAAGUGUUAUGAUUCUUACAUUAAUAAUAUUGAAGAAAAAAUUCACAAACAACCUAAGUGCUUUUGGUCCUAUAUUAAAUCAACAAUAUCAAAAACUGCUUUACCCCACCUUAUGUACUAUAAAGGCAGAUCGAGUUCAAAUGGUGAGCAAAUAUGCGACUUCUUUAACGAACAUUUUUAUUCGGUCUUCGAAAACUCAACCAUAAAUUCAUUUAACUUGUCUGAAAUUCCUUUGGCUAACAAUACAAUUUUUAAUAUAAAUUCUAUUCAUAUAUCCAAAGAAAUUGUUUACAAAUAUCUUAAAUCUGUAAAUGUAGCCAAGGGUGCUGGCCCGGAUGGUAUUCAUCCAGUAUUGAUAAGAAACUGUGCUACAAACUUAGCGUUACCAAUUACCAUUUUAUUUAUGAAAUCAUUUAGGGAAGGCCGUGUCCCUGCCAUUUGGAAAAUGGCACUGGUCACUCCGAUACCAAAAGGAGAUAUUAGCCAAUUUAUUGACAUGUUUAAUCGUUUUUUAAAGAAACCGUAA